CUUAUAACUUUACAAGGUCUGCUCUGUUCUAUUUCCAACAACUGUGAACUCAACGACAAUAGAGGGAACCUUUUGGUUGUGUUUGGGUUUGGGUUGGGGGUGGGGUUGGCCUUCUCUACAUCUUGCUUCCUCUCGACUCCAAUUCCAGGAUCUGUACUCUUCUCAGAUAGUGCAGUCGGCUUUUUGGUUAGUGCUAUUUUUUCUUGGGGGAUAAUAUGAGCUUUACGGGCCCUUCUGUGGGUUCUGGUGCUAGAACUGUUAGAAGAGCAUUUGAAUUUGGACGGACCUAUGUAGUCAGACCCAAAGGUAGACAUCAGGCAACUGUAGUUUGGCUACAUGGCCUUGGUGAUAAUGGCUCUAGUUGGUCCCAGCUUUUGGAGACCCUUCCUAUUCCAAAUAUUAAAUGGAUAUGCCCAACUGCUCCUACUCAGCCAAUCUCUGUGUUCGGUGGUUUUCCUUCCACUGCUUGGUUUGAUGUGGAAGACCUUUCAGAAGAUGCUUCUGAUGAUUUAGAGGGUUUGGAUUCUGCUGCAUCACAUGUUGCAAAUUUGCUAGCAAAUGAGCCCGCUGACAUUAAAAUUGGAGUAGGGGGUUUCAGUAUGGGUGCUGCUGCUGCCCUAUACUCUGCAACCUGCUUUAUCUCAGGAAAGUAUGGAAAUGAUAAUCCUUUCCCAGUUAAUAUAAGUGCAGUUGUUGGAUUAAGUGGAUGGCUUCCAUGCGCCAAGAUCUUACGUAACAAGAUAGAAGGGGUGGCGGAAGCCACAAGGCGUGCUUCAUCCUUGCCCAUUUUGUUGUGCCAUGGGAAAGUUGAUGAUGUGGUCAUCCACAAAUUUGGGGAGAAAUCUUCACAGGUCUUGAGUUCGACUGGAUUUCAGGACGUCACGUUCAAAUCGUAUUCAGCGUAUGUUAUACUUCUAUCUCAGACAACAUAUUACAUGUACUUUGACCAGCUAGGAGAAGAAUGUGAAGCCUUCUCAUUUAAGAAAUAUAUAUUUAUAUAUAUAAUUUUAUUACUAUUAUUAUGUUCUUUCUGAUUGUGUGUAAUGGAACUCUUUCUUUGAGCAUGUAGACUUGGCCACUAUACUAUUCCAGAAGAGAUGGAUGCGGUCUGUGCUUGGUUGAAUUCAAAGUUGAGCCUUGAGGAUACUUCAUUGGAUAACGGUGUGUAAAGCGGAAGACAGACACAAAAAUAGUAUGGGCAAAUUUUUGGAUGGCAAUGGCAAGGCAACAAUGAAAUCACUAUAAGCACCUUUCUUUUUUUUUUUUUUUUGAUGGGGACACUAUAAGUGCUAUUGGAUGAUGGAUGCAAUGUGGACUUUUUCGCUUUUACAUUUCAGAUCAGUGUAGGUUUUUGUUUUUCUUUCACUUUGGUGUAUGUAUAACGUGAUGUUAUUUGGCUGGUUGGCUUGCAGUUGGAUAGAACCAUAAUUGAUGAUAGUUUGUACUCGUGAAUCCACUCAUAAGAGGGUUGUUUGGAUUUCA